AGGCGGGCGGGCGGCUCAGGCGAGGGGGGAAUCGCAUCCUCGGAGAUAACUGCUGGAAACAUGAUCAUCAGGGAAACAUAGGCGCGUUAUUCGUCUCCGGUCAGACGGUUCGACAACUUCAGUUUUUUUCUUUUGUGGUGUGUGUUGGUGUGCGCGUGUGUGUGUUAUUCUCCAAAGGACGUAACACAAGAGACAGGCGUCGCGUCCGCGUAGGAAGAGCCGACAUCAUCCGCCGCUGCGCGCGGUGUGAGGCGAGGUCAUCGCAGAGUACCACGAAAGCAUAACAUGCUUCAGCCAUCACAGCUCCUUGGAGACAGGAAGCGGCAUGCAGCUGGCUACAGACACCGGGGGUUUCUAUUCUGUCUCCGCUUCCAUUCCUGAACACAGACAACAUGGACCGACAGUAAAUAUGGGUUAGUGGGGCAAAUCCACACACCUGCGACCCCCAAGAUGCUCCAUCGCGGGAUUAUCGUCUCUUCUUCCAAUACUUGUUUAUCUUUGUGUGCGCUCCCUUCAAGGUUCCCAUGUUCCUCUGGGCCCUGAUCCCCAUCGAAAUCUUUCAAAACGACCUACCUCAGUCAUCUCUUCCUCCAGCACUAUCGUCGAAAUAUCUGAGGAUGUGAGUAGGAGAAGGACUGAGGGUAGAAAACCUCAAUAAAUCCAACCAAGAAAGGAACUAGGAUCACAUGGUCCGGGAUGGACCGACGGGUCAACUGAUACCUGAUCACGCUGGCUUUGCUUGGAAGUUGACAAUGGUGUUGUUUCUGAUUGGGAUCUCUAUCGCUGUGAAUAAUUCAUCUCAUGAGAACCAAACUGCAGGAAACCCCACCCAUCAGGGAGAUCAUGUGCUGCCCUCAACACUGGUCAUAUCCCUGCUUCUCAUCAUCAUUGUCUUGCUGACAAUCUACUGUCUGAGGUUCAAAAACCACAGGAAAGCUCUCGUUACCUCGGUGGAUAAAAAGCUUCCAAAUGGCUUCUUGGAGGAACAAGGAGAGCAGACAGUGGUCCUCCUUCCCAGAUCCCCCUCACCAUCCAAGAGGUACUUCCCCAUCCCCCUGGACUCGCUGGAGGAGGAGUACCGGAUACGCUCCGCCGACGAUGGCAAGCUCUUCAGAGAGGAGUUCAACUCGCUGCCGUGUUACUACCACCACGGGUCCUUUGAGGAGGCGAGCAGAGAGCACAACAGAGAGAAAAACAGAUACCCAAACAUUUUACCAUAUGAUCAUUCAAGAGUGUUGUUGAGUCAUCUUGAUGGAAACAUGUGUUCAGACUACAUAAAUGCAUCUUACAUUGAUGGUUUUAAAGAGAAGAACAAAUUCAUUGCAGCUCAAGGCCCAAAGCACGAAACACUGGCCGACUUCUGGCGGAUGAUUUGGGAAGAGAAAACAGCAACGAUAGUGAUGCUGACAAAUCUGAAAGAAAGGAAAGAGGACAAAUGUUACCAGUAUUGGCCAGAAAAAGGCUGCUGGAUGUACGGGAAUGUCAGGGUGGCGAUGGAGGACUUCACUGUCCUGGUGGACUACACUAUCAGAAAAUUCGUUGUUCAAUAUCAGGGCAGCGAUGGUCCCCGAGCUCCGCGGCUGGUCACCCAGCUCCACUUCACUAGCUGGCCAGAUUUCGGGGUGCCGUUCUCACCCAUCGGCAUGCUGAAAUUCCUCAAGAAGGUCAAGGCUGUCAAUCCAUCCUAUGCGGGACCCAUUGUUGUGCACUGCAGUGCCGGGGUGGGCAGGACCGGGACGUUCAUUGUCAUUGACGGCAUGAUCGACAUGAUGCACGUGGAACAGAGGGUGGAUGUCUUCGGCUCUGUGAGCAGAAUACGGGAACAGCGCUGUCAGCUCAUCCAGACAGAUAUGCAGUACUCCUUCAUCUACCAGGCUCUGUUGGAGUACUAUCUGUAUGGAGACACAGAGCUGGAUGUGUGCUCCCUGGAGGGCCAUCUGCAGAGGCUUCACAACACCAGAGCUCCCCACGACAGGCUGGGCCUGGAAGAGGAGUUCAGGAAGCUGACCAACGUCCGCAUAAUGAAGGAGAACAUGAGAACUGGGAACCUUCCCGCCAACAUGAAGAAGAACCGUGUGCUUCAGAUCAUUCCGUAUGAUUUCAACCGAGUAAUACUCUCAGUGAGAAGAGGACAGGAGUUCACCGACUACAUCAACGCCUCCUUUAUUGAUGGCUACAGGCAGAAGGACUAUUUUAUCGCAACCCAGGGCCCACUGUCUCACACAGUGGAGGACUUCUGGAGGAUGGUGUGGGAGUGGAGGUGUCAUUCAAUCGUUACGCUCACCGAACUCAAAGAGAGGGAGCAGGAAAAGUGUUUCCAGUAUUGGCCAUCAGAGGGCAGUGUAACAUUUGGAGAUUAUACUGUGGAGCUGACUGGAGAUACGCGGUGUGAAACCUUCACUCUCAAAGACAUGGUGCUCACCUACAGACCAGAAAAGCAAUCACAACAUGUCCGACACUUCCACUUCCACGGAUGGCCUGAGAUCGGAAUACCAGCCGAGGGAAGAGGGAUGAUUGACAUCAUUGCCGCUGUGCAGAGGCAGCAGCAGCAGUCUGGAAACCGUCCCAUAAUUGUUCACUGCAGUGCCGGUGCGGGUCGGACCGGCACCUUCAUUGCCCUCAGCAACAUUCUGGAGAGGGUGAAAGCCGAAGGCCUCCUGGACGUUUUUCAGACGGUCAAGAGUUUACGCAUGCAGCGACCACACAUGGUUCAGACCGUGGAGCAAUACGACUUCUGCUACCGAGUGGUUCAGGAUUUUGUGGACAUUUUCUCCGACUACGCCAAUUUUAAAUAACACCCGUCGGAUACUGUUCUGGAUACUUCUGUCUAAUGUAUUCUUUUUUUUUUCUCUCUCUCCGAAUGUUGUUUUCUAAAGCAAGCUCUUUUUACAUUUUGCACUUGAUUACAGAUGUAAAAAAAAAAUAAUAAUUGUAACAUACUGUAAUAUAAUUGAAAACAGCUGUGCUCCAGGAGAGUCUGUCUCAGAUGGAGAAGUUAUAGUGGUUUAUUUACGGGUGGGUCGGGUUCUUUAAUAUAUGUUUGCGCAACAUGCAUAUGUUGCUUCAUUAUGAGGUUCAAUAAAGGAAUUAUUCACAUAGAAAUAAUGUGUCGAGAAAUAUAUAUGAUGUAUUUGCUCACGACCAGAAAUCUUUACUAACAUGUCGUAGUAAAUGCAUUCUUUUUUAUUUCCGCUUUAUUUUCUUACCGACCACAAUGCUGUGGUUUACAUUAGUUGUACGUUUUAUGCUGCCCUAUGGAAAAAAAAUUGCGAUACGAGAAUAAAUCGUGUGUUUGAUAAAUAGGCUAAAAUAAUUUCUGCUUUUGCUGAAACGAUGUCCUGUCUGACAUGUGUGAAUAGUAUUUAUGAUCUACUUGGAGCUCAAACAAAAACACAAAACUCCAGAUACAUUUCAUUCUGUUAGAUGCUGCACGUUUCCUCCCUUCUGUCUGUGAAUUACUUAACAGCUGCUGCCUGUUGCAAUUGUAUUCAACUUCAUCAACUUUCUUGUGUUGCCCGUGGCAAUAUUACUGAGUGGAUUUGGCGCCUGACGCUGCAAAAUGCAAUUAGCCCACAUUGGAUAAGGCAGAAAAUAAUCUAUUGCUCUAUCUGAACGUUUCAUUCUUUUCAGUGUUUUACAGCCAAGCAUCACCUCCAUCCAUUUUUAUUCACAUUAGCUAGCAGAUUUUACACUUGUGUGUUUGCAUAACGCAGUGCCAUAUUGAUUAGAAAGACAAUUCUAAUCAUGAAAAACUUGUCACCAAGUGACAUCAUUUUAACUCAGAAGCCAGAUUUGUGUGUUUAAUUUAAUAUAAUAAUUUCUAAAAGUGCAUUGUUUUUUGAAUGGCGGUGUCAUCAUUUCAUUGAUCUUCUUAAACUAUAUAUUUCCUUGUAUAAAUUCAUAUUAGUUGUGAUGAAAAACCCUGCAGAGAUGUGUGUUUUAAUUAAAGACGUAAGAGAUGCAGUUGAACCUUGUCUGGGAAUGAUAUCAAGAAUCGGUGCUCAGCCAAAAUAUGAAAUUAGCAUGCACAGGCAUUUUGACAUUUUGAUAUUCAUAUUUAAACAAGGAUACCCCAAUUUUGCAAAAUAAAAAGCUUCUAUUUUUGCAAGGCUUCUGCUCACUUCUUUGUAACAGUAAGCUUGGAAGUCUUAAGGUUGGGGAAAAAAACAUUCUACUGUGUUUGUACUGCCAUUACAUUGUAAAAUGGGUUCAUAAUAGACACUGAUCUAUUUUGUUGAUUUACUGUACAUAAUUCUUGUAAUUGUCAGCAAUUAUCUCCGAUGUUAUCUGCACUGUCGAUUUGAGUUUCAUGUAUUGCCGUGCUGAAAGAAGAAUGAAUGAGGGCAAUGCGAGUGAGGCCUUCCAGCUCAUGUCACAUAAAUGCACAAACAUCUUGUUUCAAUGAUGUUUCUGCCUUUUGAAUCUGUAAGGAUUUGAACGACAACGUGUUUGCUAAAAGCUGAAUCAAAUAAAUUAUAGAUGGAGAGAAGGUU